GGCCCCAAUGGCGGGGUCGGGCGGUGGCGCUCCAAAACUCAAGCUCGACCACCGCCACAACCCAAAGAUGGCUUCAAGCAGGGGGACUACCUGAAGAAGCAAGCCCAGAGCAGCGAAAGCGGUGGCAGGAGGUACGCAACUGCCUUGCCGAGCACGCGGCAAAGAAGCAGAAACGUUCCUAGCGUGCCCAACAAGAGGAAGCGGAAGCCCAUGCACCACACAGUGACGCUGUGGACGUACAAUGGAUCGGGCUGGGGCACCAUCAAAGAAAUUAUCGCGGAGGAGAUGCAGGGUUUGCAGUGCUACGCAGUGCAGGAGCAUCACCUCACCACCGAGAAGCUUGCUGUGGUCACGCAGAGCAUGAAAGCCCAAGGGCGCCAGUUGGGUGGCGCAGCGGCCGUGGCAACGACGGGGCCCAGCGGCGAGGCAGGUACUUCGGCUAGGGUGGCCAUAGCAGUGCCUAAGCGAGUUGGGAUGCCGUAUCUGGACGGCAAGGACGGCUGGGAGAUCUCGCCAAGGAGCAGCCCUGGCGGGGCCGCAGCAGCGCGGUUGGCGGUCGGCAAAGGAGUUGUGCUGGCAACCGUGUACUUGUGGACGGCUGAAGGCAUGACAUACCAGUAUACGCAGCUUAUCACGCAUAUGAUCGGGAAGUUGCAGAAUGUCAUGGCACAGGCCGAGAGCGUGAAGGCGGCAAGGACUACGGCUGUUACGGCCAACGCUGUGUGCGGUACGUGUCGGCAUGCGUACGGUUGCAGCGAGAUCGACUACUUCCUGGUGGCAGACGCGGUCGUGGCGCAGAUCCAGCACGUUGCGGUUCAGGAGACGUGGCCGGCGGCGCCGCACACAUCCGGGGGGCUGACGAUCAAGCUGAAGGCGGUUGAGCGGAUGAUCAGGGUGCUGGAGAAACCCAAGGCGCUGCCUGAAGUUCAGGUAGGGUGCGCGCCAGAACCUCCGAGAUACGAGGAAGUGAAGCAGUUCAGAACGCAGGAUGAGGCGAACCAGGAGUGGGCAAAGUACAUGCUAGCGCUCGAGAAAGAGGCCUUCCAGAUGCGAGGCAUGCACUGGGACCAUAGCGACCCACGCGCAGGGAGGGCCGAGGAGCCGAAGUGGCGAGUGAAGGCGUUCAACUUCGGAGGCGGGAAUGUGCCGACGGCGGCGAGGGCAGCCACCUGGUGGAGAUGGAUCACCGGGUCAAUGCAUGGCAUGCAAGGGGCGCACCAGAGAUGGCGACUAGCGAAGGAUUGCGAGCAAAUCCAGAAGCGAGGGCGCGUGGUCGCGGAGCUGGAGAGGCUCUUCAGAAUGAGGCCCAGGCGAAAGAAGCACAUCGGCGCGAAGGACCAGGGCGCCAGGCAGGCCAGGUGCGACAUGAUCGCCACAGGCCAGCUGCGAGAGGUGAGCAGGAAGGAGAUCCUCCAGUGCUGGACGCAGGAGGCCGAGUGCAGGAUGAAGGAGGUUGACCAGCAGCUCCCAGAGGACAGGAAGGCAGAGUGGGCUGACAAGCUGGAGGUUGCAGCGGCUGGGGCGGCAGGAGGGCUUCACAAGCUCAGCAAGGCGGCGGUUGUCUGGCGGCCCAGGUGA